CUGGGGCUUGGCUGUGCCUGGGCACAGGCUGGUCCCAGGGUUUGUGGUUCCUGGGAGCUGCCCCAGCCCCUGGUGUGCCCACCCCUGUGGGGCCUGUCCUUGCUGUGGGGGCUGUGCUGAGCAGUGGCAGCAAUCAGCUGCCCCAAAGCUCUGCCCUGGCACCCACCAUGGCUCAGCUCUCCCUGGGUCUCCAGGGACUCUGAGCAGCCUUUUUGCUCUUGUCACCACACAUAGCAGCAAAGUCUGUGAUGCUCAAGGCAGCGGCUGCUCUGUGAACUGUCCAGCCAUCCUGACAGUCUUCCCCCAGUGUCAGUGGAGGGUCUGGAGCCUCUCCAAGGCUCAGGGGGUGUGUAUGUCCCUGGGCACCAUAUGCUGCUGUCAAGGAUCUGGCCCCAUGAGAGGAAGGUGCAGCCCCGUGGGGCUGAAGCUGCCUUGGGCUGCCGGGGGAGGCAAAGUCCAAAUGUGCUGAACCCUCACCAUGUGAGCAGCGUAGCCGUGGCCAACGAAGUGCCUUGGGGAGCAUCAAGCAGCUCCUGUGUGGUUUGCAGCGGUGGAGGCAGGCCUGGCUGGCUGUGCCUGGCACGGGAAAAGGCUCUGGCAGUCGGAUAUGCUUGUGUGGGCAGAGGCUGGACGUGGCCUGUGUCAGGUGAUGGUGGGAGGUAGGAUUUUCAACAGAGUGCUGGGGAAUGGCUCCUGGAGUCUCUUGAUGAGGAUGAGAGCUGCUUCAUUUGUGCUCUCCCCUUCUCCUGCUGUGCUUCAGCCAUGGCUUUUGUUCUAGGCUGUGACUUCUCUUCCUUUCAUUGCGGCUGCAAUCCCCAAGAAAACUUUUAAUCUGCAUUUUCUCCCCUAACCCUGCCUAUCCUGGGAUCAGAGCUGGUGAUAAGACCAUAGCCCUAUUGUUAUUGUGAGCUUAGCCUUACUAAAGGAAUAUCCACAGCCUACAGAGCUGAAAUGACUAACCUGAACCUCACAGCCCCAUUGUGCAUAUUUCCACAACCUGUUUACAUCCCUCUCAACUGCCAGUGCCCUUGCUUUGGAGGAUGACAGCAGCACCUCAUUCCUCCAUGGCUCUGACAGCUGGAACAAGGGCCCAAGGCUGAGCCCAGGCCUCAUUUUGGGAUCAAAGCCCCUGUGGGAUUUCUUUAUGGAUGUUUUGUGGUCAGUGGUGCUGGGAUGACCCUGAUGCAUGACCCUGAUGGACACAGAUGUGCUGGCAGAAGCCUCUAAUGCUUUAGAAAGGUUGUGGUGAAAGCAAUCCAAGGGAAGUAUGGAAUAGGCUAAAGCUGUGACAGUGCAUUUGUUAGCUUAGCAAAGGCCCUGCUAGCAGGAUUUCACUGGAUUGUUUCACUGUGUUGUAGUCUCAGUAUAGCAUUUUGCUUCCUCUGCUGGCAGCACAGGUGAGGAAACGGUCUGAGACCAUCCUCACCAUUCCUGCUGGCCAUGGACUCUGCUGGUGUCUCCUGGCCACUUACUGUGAGCCUGCUCUGCUGGCCUAGACCUUGGCAGCUCAAAGGAAAAGGAGUCAGUCUCGGGACUGGUGAGACAUUGCUCUGUUCAACACAGCAUUAGCCAGGGCCAGCUGGUACAGCUGAACGUGAGGUGGAGUCUCCCAGCACUGAGAUCCCUUUCCAGGGACUUGGUGGCAGGCACCUUGCAGAGGGGCAGAGGAGACAGCUCUCACUGUGCAUCCAGUAGUUGGCUCUGCAAGGCCACUGAAGGAAAAUUAGAUGUUUUGCCCUCAAAGAUGCAUCUUCUUGGUGACUCUGCCCUUUUGUCUUCUCUCUCUUCCCUGUGUACUAAGGUGUAUUCACAGAACCACAGAUGGAUUUGGGUUGUAAGGGACUCUAGAAGUCUCAUGUCCAGCUGACCUCCUGCUCAUGGCAGAGCUCACUUGAGACCGAGUUGUUCAGGGUUUUGUCCAGUUGAGUUUUGAGGACUUCCAGGGCCAGGGAGUUCAUGGCCUGUUCCCAGGCUGUGGCAUUUUCCUUUGGAGAGCCACCUGCUGUGCCUGCAGCUUCUCUCUCCAGCUGUCUGUAGCUGCUUGUGUGAUGUGCCAGGACUUUGUGUCAGGUCAUCUAUGUCCUGCAGCAUUUGGGCAACAGGUAGAGAGAUCUGGGGGCCAUCUGUUUUUUACCACUUCCAGGUCUUUUAUUUCUUUUAAUCAGUGUCUCAAUAUUCCUAAGGCAGUUUCAACAUACUCUGCUCAGGAAUGCAGUACACCUCCAAGCCUUUUUUGUUGUGCUUGAGAUAGUACUGCCAAAGCUUUUUUAUGCUCUCACCCCCUUCUCCUGCAUUUAACACUAUUCUGGCAGAUGUUGUCAUGUGGUGAGGGGUGAGCCUUGAAAGAAACAUUGCUUAUUCAUGCUAUAGACACAAAGCUGGUCCUUGAAGCUGAAUUGCUCUGCAGAUACCAGGCGUUGCUGCUGUGCGUGUACCUGGAUUGUUACUCCUUUCUCUGUUGCAAAGCCUUGACACUUUGUGCUUGGGGGAAUCCUGGUCUUACAAGAGGAUAUGAGGGGAUCCAAGCAGCUUCAAACUGCUGCCAGGAUGGCAUUCUGGAUGGAUGAGCACACUCCUGUUGGUUGUCUUAGAGUUUGCUGCCAGUACGGAGGUCUUGGCUUAGCGGCAAGUACCUCUGAGACUGAGGAAUGUUGUCAGGUACGUUUGAAGUGUGGCAGGGAGUCUCCUUGUAAACCUAAUUCCAGGCAAUUCUUGCAAGAUUUCUGAAAUUUGUCCUUCUUGCACUUUCUUGCAGCUUAGGUGAAGUUUCUGGAAUGCAAGCUCAAAAUCUAGUUUGGUCAUUCCUGCCUCUGAGGAGACUUGUGGUUGCUGUUCCGCAGCACCAUCUCCUCUGUGCUGGAGGAUUUGGGCUUUCUGGGUUCUGGGUGAUUGCUGUACUGUGUUUGAGGCUUGCAGUGUGAGCUGGUACUCCUGCUCUGGCAAAGGUAGUGGUGGUCUUGGUCCCUUCUGGCUUUGUGGGACUGUUAGAAAACAGUUGCUGGAGUCUUGAGGCUGCUGGUGAUAUUCUGGGAAAGCCCUUAUUUUCCCCAUAUGCCAGUUCCUAUUGUGUAGACAGUGCCAGGCACACGUGAAGGCUGGCCUGGAGGGGACAUGGUGACAGCAGUCUAAUUAGGAACCAAUAGUACAUUUGGAGAUGAGGCAACUGUUCACUGAGCCCUGCCUGCAGACCACAGGCUGAAGGACUUGACCAGUGACAUCCUGCAGUAGCUAAAGCUGGCUUGGAGAGAGUCACUGAAUGCUGUUGUAAAACCUCCAAGUCACAGAGGGCUUACAGAUCCUGGGGUCAGUUGUUUAAGCAUCUGUUUCUGAGUUUGUCCAACUUUGAUUUCCAGCUUCUUGAGUCCUCAUACGGUGCAUUUGUCAUCUCUGAAGGGUCCUCUGCUGUAGAUCUUCUUACCUUGUGAUUUUUUUUGAGAUGGGUCGUCUCCUCAUUUCUUUUCAGUGAACAAAAUAGUUUAUUACUGGAAGGUGUUUUCUGAGCCCUGGUUGAUUGAUAAAGCACUGGGAUUCUUGCAUUACUGUUCAGAUUAAAAAAAAAAUAUUUUAAACAUCUCAGCUCUUCCAAUAACUGUCAUCAAGUGUAGACAGUAGCCAAGAAUGAGACAGUAAUGGUCUAACAUGGUCAUGUGUGCAAGUAGCACUGUACUGAAUGUCAGCAGUGGGUUUUCUGCUCUUGAAGGCUGAAUUUGGGCUGCAGGGUAAGAGCUCAGAGAGCUGCCUCUCCAAAACCAAAAUCCUUUCUGCUCCUUUCUGGAGAAUUUGGACUGGACUGAAACCUUGUCCUCAGCAGUGUCCUUAGUUUAAUGGUGAUUCUUCAUAAAUCCAUUUGCUUUAAGAUGAGUGAAAAAGAUAAAUCCUUCAGCCUUCAGAAGGAUUGAAAAUCUGAAUCCAUAUCCAUGAACGAAAGUCGAGGACAGGUCCCCAAGCAGUUGCUGUUCCUUUACUAGAGGAAAGCAGUAACUGCAUGGCUGUGCUUUUUUUUGUGGGCAGUAAACACUUCUGAGAUAUUCACUUCAUCGUGAGGGAGUGGCAACAGUAUUUUUUCUAACAGUCUGGUUUUAAUUAAAUGUUUGAUGGUAGAUCCACAUUUGUAUAGGCAGGCCACGUGUUCCCUUGCUAAUAGUUACCCGAGGACACUGAAGAUCUGUGCAGUUCCACCGCCAAUGAUGUCUUUAAUAAACUGAAUGAAGUCCCAGGUAGUCACUUGGUGUGCUCGGGUGUCCUGGCAGAGAUGUCACACCCUGAGCUGCCAUGUCUGGGAGGAGAUCCACGUGCCCCCUCUUUGGCUGAAAGGGCAGGGCAGGUCUGGUAAUCACUGGAUUUGGCAGUCAGUGUUGUGUUCUGUCCCAGUCCUGCACGCUCGGGGAGGACUCUCAGCCAUCCCAUCACUUCUUUGGAAACUCUUGCAUGCUCCUUGGGAAGCAGUGUGCUGCAGGCUGGUGUGCAAGGGACUUUGCUCCUUGAACUUAUUCUCUUCCCAAGGAUAUAUCUGUUACUGAAUACUCCAGAGAGGUGCUGAGUGCUAAGUAAGGAGUUUCCAAAUGACCAGUGGAGCAGUCGUAUCUGCUGUAACGUGCAGGAUUUCAGCACACUGCCUCCUCUUUGUUUGGCCAAGUCGUGCUCCAGUGUACUCUCCUCACUGCCAGGUAUGUGGCUGGAAAAGAGGAAGAUUUCAAGCAGACCAGUGAGCAAAUCCCAGUGACUGAGCUGGUCCUGGAAUAAAAAAGAUGAUGACUUGUGGUGGAUCAUUUCAGCAUCUGCCAAAAACAAUAAGCUGUUCUGCUUCUGUUGUAGAAAGUGAGAAAAGACUUUACCAGAAGAAAAGUGCACGCUCCGUUUGCAGCUUAACUCACUGUGAAGCUCAGCAGAAAGCCCAGAUGAAUCUGAGUGCCCGGGGCAGACAGAAGUAGAGCUUCUUACCUUGCUGCAGCUGAGCAGCUCUAAUUUCUUUAGGUUGAGUUUGACUUCAGAGCAACUCACAGAACUGGAAAGCAUCAUUUUCUCCUGUUCUGAGGGCCACCCUCUUCAUCAUCAUCCACUAGUAGUUGAAAGCCAUUGUAAAGAAUUCAUUGUCAGAGACAUUCCUUGCUUUCCCAAUCAGACUGUCAGCAUCAUGUUGGGUCCAGCUUCAAUUCUUAACUCCAUCAGCUUUUCCAGAUUCUCAUAAAUACACCAAGGGUUAGCAUUCAUGUGCCCUGUAACCCCUUGGAGCUCUGCUGCAGCAGGUUGAAAACAAACAGAAGGAAAAUACUUUUAAAAAUUAAAUGUUAAGCUGCAGAAAAUAGAGCCACUGGAAUUUCUGGAGUAUAAGUUGGUUCAAAGUGGGAUUAGGCAGACUCACAGAGGAUUUGCCCAGUACAGACUCUUAACAGUGACAUUGUCAGUGCAACUCAAGCCGAGUGGUUCUUCAGCAGCUGAGUCCUGCCUGAUCAGAGGAUAAGCUGAAGAGGAACAUCCUUUUAGUUAUGUUUCUUAUACUCUCUCCUCAGGUGUCCAUUCUUGGUGUGAAUAGGAACAGGAUACUCGAGUACGUGGUCCUUUCAUUGGACUGACUGCAGUAGUCCUUAGCUUUGCACGUCCCAAGAGGAGGUUUUGGGUCCUUCACCAGAAGGUGUGAGCUGUUCUGCUGGGAGGAUUCUGAUGAAAGGGGACAGCACCUCGAGCACACGGGUGAGCUCAGGGCUUCCAACCAGAGUGUGCAAUUGCCAUCUUCUAAAUGGAUUCCAGUGAAUUUUCAGGAUCUAUGGACCCCCUGUCCUUGCCUGACAAACCGCUUAUUGGAGAUCUCCCUGCUGACAUGGAGUUUGGUGAAGAUCUCCUGGGCUCCCAAACAGCUUCCACCCAGGAAGCUUCUGUUCUUCAGCCCCCUGGCUGGGAUCAAUCCAAGCAGAUGACUGCAGAUGGGGACUUGGACCUUCUAGUGAAAGCAGACAGCCUGUCUGAACUAAAUAAAUCAAAUGACCAUGUUCUAGAUAAACCUAAUGUCUUGGAUAUGCUGGAGAAACCUGAUGUCUUAGAUGACUUGGGUAAAACUGCUGACUUGAUGGAGCAGGAUAAACCUGAGGGUCUGGAUGGGCUAUGUAAGGCACAUCCUUCUCGGGACGUGGAGGAUGGACCAUCAGACUCCUCUGCCCUUUCUAGAGAAGCCCUUGUUCCAGAAACAUGGAAAGAAGGGGAGGAUGCACCAAAAAAUUGUUCUAGGGACCUAAAGGAAGACGGUGCUGCUGCUAUUCCUGCACUACUUGGUGACAAGGCCCCUGAAUCACCUCGAAAACCCAUUCCUGACUCUGGGAACCUCAGCAGUGCCCCAGCCACGGAAGAAACCACAGCACAGUCCUCAAGUCCAGCAAUGCCCCCACCCCAGCUCAGUCUUAAACAGACAAAGAAGAUGAAGUUGAAAGCGCCAAGGAAAAGCUCACCCCUGCAGAGGGAAGGGCUGGCAGGGGAAGCAGAGGUGGAACCGGUCCCAGACAGCAGAACUGCAGCUUUGCCCCCUGAGCCUAUGGAGGAAAACCGGGCAGAGGGAGGGGAUGAUAGUGGGAAAAACUCGCUUAAAGAAAAUAGUGUACUCAAAGCACAGGAAGCCCCAGCACCAGCAGGAGAAAGCCUGUCUGGGAAGGGGAGCGAGCUGCCAGCUGAGAAGGAGCAGAAAAGAAGUGAACGACCCAGAAGAUCAGAAACUGCCAGGCCUGAAACUGUGAACUCCUCUGAGAGCAUUCCAGUGUCUGACGAAGACUCUGAUGCAAUGGUGGAUGAUCCCAACGACGAGGAUUUCGUUCCUUUCCGCACGCGGCGCUCGACCCGCAUGUCCCUGCGCACCCAGAUGGCCCAGCGAGCCGCCCGCUCCACCUUCACCAAGAUGACCUGUGCCAACUGCAGGACCCCCCUGCAGAAGGGCCAAACCGCCUACCAGCGCAAAGGGCUUCCUCAGCUCUUCUGCUCCAGCUCCUGCCUCACCACCUUCUCAAAAAAACCACCUGGCAAGAAGAUAUGCACCUUCUGCAAAAAGGAGAUCUGGAACACCAAGGACUCUGUGGUUGCCCAGAUUGGUUCAGGUGGCUCUUUCCAUGAGUUCUGCACCUCUGUCUGCCUUUCCCUCUACGAGGCCCAGCAGCACAGACCAGCACCUCAGUCUGCAGAUGCCUCGGACACCAGCCGCUGCAGUGUUUGCCACAAACCUGGCGAGAUCCAGCAUGAGGUCAGCAACGGGAGCGUGGUUCACCGCAUCUGCAGUGACGCCUGCUUCACCAAGUUCCGGGCCACCAAGGGGCUGAAGACAAACUGCUGUGACAACUGUGGACUUUAUAUCUACAACAAGGGCUUGCCCCUGGAGUACCUCUUCCACGAAGGCCAGCAAAAACGGUUUUGCAACUCCACGUGUCUCAACAGUUACAAGAAGAAGAACACUCGGGUCUACCCCUGCAUGUGGUGCAAGACGCUGUGCAAGAACUUUGACAUGCUGCCCAACGUGGAUCGCAGUGGCAAGAUGGGCCUGUUCUGCUCCAUUUGCUGCACUACCUCCCACAAAGUGAAGCAGUCAGGCUUAGUCGGUCCCCCUAGACCCUGCAGCUUCUGCAGAAAGAGCUUAUCUGAACCCUGCUAUUACAACAAGACAGACCGGGUUGUCUACCAGUUCUGCAGUCCCAGCUGCUGGACCAAAUUCCAGCGCACCAGCCCGGAAGGUGGGAUCCACCUCAACUGCCAUUACUGCCACAAUCUUUUCAGCGGGAAGCCAGAGAUCCUAGACUGGCAGGACAAGGUGUAUCAGUUCUGCUGCAAGGACUGCUGCGAGGACUUCAAGCGGCUGCGUGGGGUGGUGUCCCAGUGUGAGCACUGCAAGCAGGAGAAGCUGCUGCAUGAGAAGAUCCGUUUCUCUGGAGUGGAGAAGAACUUCUGCAGCGAAGGGUGUGUGCUUCUUUACAAACAGGAUUUCACCAAGAACCUGGGCCUGUGCUGCAUCACCUGCACCUACUGUUCUCAGACCUGCCAGCGGGCGGUCACCGAGCAGCUGGAGGGCAGCACCUGGGACUUCUGUAGUGAAGACUGCAAAAGCAAAUACUUGCUCUGGUACUUCAAGGCAGCUCGGUGCCAUGCCUGCAAGCGUCAGGGGAAGCUGCUGGAAACCAUCCACUGGCGGGGGCAAAUCAAACACUUCUGCAACCAGCAGUGUCUGCUGCGAUUUUACAAUCAACAGAACCAGCCCAACCUGGACACGCAGAAGGGGCCCGAGAGCCUGCUGAACAGUCAGACUUCAGAUCCAAAACCAGCUGUCCCUUCCCCACAGAAGACAGAGACUAACAUGCUGUCAGCAAAGGCCUCCUCAGCCCAGACAUCUUCAGCUGCACCGCCUCCCGCCCCACCAGUGGUUCCAGCCACCCCUCGGAAAAACAAAGCUGCCAUGUGUAAACCACUGAUGCAGAACCGGGGCGUUUCCUGCAAGUUAGAAAUGAAGUCCAAAGGAUGUCAGACAGAGGCUGACUGGAAGCCCCAGGUGGUUGUUUUGCCAAUCCCUGUCCCGAUCUUCGUACCUGUGCCUAUGCAUAUGUACUGCCAGAAAGUACCUGUGCCUUUCUCCAUGCCUGUCCCGGUGCCUGUGCCAAUGUUCCUGCCCACCACCCUGGAAAGCACAGAGAAGAUUGUGGAGACCAUUGAGGAACUGAAAGUGAAGAUCCCCUCCAAUCCCCUGGAAGCUGACAUCCUGGCCAUGGCUGAGAUGAUUGCAGAGGCUGAGGAACUAGACAAGGCCUCCUCGGACCUGUGUGACCUGGUGAGUAACCAGAGUGCAGAGGGUCUCCUGGAGGACUGUGAUCUGUUCGGACCAGCACGGGACGAUGUGUUGGCUAUGGCUGUCAAGAUGGCAAAUGUCCUCGAUGAGCCGGGCCAGGAUCUGGAGGCUGACUUCCCUAAGAACCCUCUAGACAUCAACCCCAGUGUGGACUUCCUCUUUGACUGUGGUCUGGUGGGACCAGAUGAUGUGUCCACAGAGCAAGAUCUGCCUCGAGCUGUCCGAAAGGGGCAGAAGCGCCUGGUGCUCUCUGAAAGCUGUUCCCGGGACUCAAUGAGCAGCCAGCCCAGCUGUACAGUCCUGAACUACUCGUAUGGAGUGAAUGCCUGGAAGUCCUGGGUGCAAGCCAAGUACGCAGGAGGAGAGACCAGCAAGGGAGAGGAGCUACGCUUUGGCCCCAAACCCAUGAGGAUCAAGGAGGACAUCUUAGCCUGCUCAGCAGCUGAGCUCAACUAUGGCCUGGCCCAGUUUGUCAAGGAGAUAACACGGCCCAACGGGGAGCGCUAUGAACCCGACAGCAUCUAUUACCUCUGCCUUGGCAUCCAGCAGUACCUGCUCGAGAACAAUCGUAUGGUGAAUAUAUUUACAGACCUUUACUACCUGACCUUCGUGCAGGAGCUGAACAAGUCCCUGAGCGGCUGGCAACCCACAGUCUUACCAAAUAACACUGUUUUCUCCCGUGUCGAGGAGGAGCACCUCUGGGAGUGCAAACAGCUGGGUGUUUACUCACCCUUUGUGCUGCUGAACACCCUCAUGUUCUUCAAUACUAAGUUCUUCGGGCUACAGACAGCGGAGGAGCACAUGCAGCUCUCCUUCACCAACGUGGUGCGCCAGUCCCGCAAGUGCACCACUGCCCGUGGCGUGACAAAGGUGGUGAGCAUCCGCUACUAUGCUCCUGCCAAGCAGAAGAAAAGCCGAGAUGGUGGCUCUGGAAAACGGAAGCGUGAGGAGGAGGUACCGAUGUUGGAGCAGCGGGAGAACAGGAUGAACCCCCUCCGAUGCCCAGUCAAGUUCUAUGAGUUCUAUCUCUCCAAAUGCCCCGAGAGUCUGCGGAACCGCAACGAUGUGUUCUACCUGCAGCCCGAGCGGUCCUGCAUCGCCGAGUCCCCGCUGUGGUACUCGGUGAUCCCCAUGGACCGCAGCAUGAUGGAGAGCAUGCUGAACCGCAUCCUGGCCGUCAGGGAGAUCUACGAGGAGCACAGUCGGCUCAGCAGCCUGGAGGAUGACAUGGACUAAGAGUGAGGUGCUGCUGGGCUGGCUGCGCUCCAGCCCUGGACACCCCAUCUUCCUGCCUCCCGCUGCAGGGCAGGGGCCGUGCAGCACGGGAGGGGAUGGUGCUGCAGCAGUGCUGUCCCUUCAUCAUUACCAGACUUGGACAUCCCAUCCUGCUUGUUACAGGCCUCCCUUACAUACAUGGCCCUCAUGCUCAGCUCUGCCUCCUCCUUUUGGCUGCUGGGUGAACCAUCUUUCCCAGGGCCAGUUCCCAUGGCACAGGGGUGGCAGAGUCCCUGGGGCACCUGCCCUCACCUUUGUCCCCCCUACCCCCAGCCCUGCCACUCCCCCCCUCUUCCCCUGCCCCAGGGCAGGAAUCUCACAAGGCAGCAGUGCACCAUCAGACCAGUGGUCCCAAAGCUUUUAUUUCCCUCUUCCUUCAUCAUUCCCUCAUGAGGCUGCAGGUGGUAUGGUAGGAACAGUAGCUCUGCUACUGGGGCAGAAUUGUGGUUACAAGCCAGUGGGGAUGGACCACAGGCUACCUGAGAGCCGUAGGGUCAGGGGGAGGGCUUUUCCCACGUGUGGGAGAGGUUUAGGUUGGCUUCAGAGAGUGGAGGGAGCUGGCACUGGAACAUGAGAGCAGAGAUCUGGCCUUACCAUGGGGACACCUCCCUCAUGUGCAGCUGAGAUGUCUCUCUCAAUUUGGUCAGUGUUUCCUGAGUUGUCUGAAAACUGAUGGAGAUGGGUGUGGGUCAGUGCUGCCCCUCUUUCCCCACUGUCCCCUGUCCUGGUGUAGGUCCCCUCCCCCAUGCAAGGUGCCAUCAGUGGGAACCUCUGCUCCAGCCAGGGGCUUGGGCAGCUGCUGGCAGAAACAGGGAGCUCUGCCUGGUCUCCCCCUCCCUUCCAAAGCAGCAGGCUGCCACCGCCCUGCCCAGAGCAAGUCUGGCUCCAGCUGUGCCACUCCCUGCUGCCUCCUGCCCCUCCUCAUGUUCUGGUCAGUUUUAUUGAGCUGUACAUGGGUCUCCUGUUGAGCCUGUAUAUAUUGUUCUGGGCCCUGGCCCGGGGCCAUCUGUUCUCUGUGUCCAUGUGGAGAGUGAGCCGCUCACCAGUCUUGUUGUAGUGAUGCCAGGGCAGUAGGAACUAACCCUGUGUCUCUGGAAACCAUUCAUUUCAAAUAAAGAUGUGGAAAACUUU